AUGGCUCAGGGCUCCAAGCCCAUCGGGUGUUUUCUCCCCCAAAGCAGCUGUCAGACGAGUGGGCCCUAUCAGACAAAGGAGGGGACUCAGAUCUCUCACACAAAGCUUUCUGCAGAUGAUGAGUGGAACCUGCAGCAGGAGAGGAGGUACAGGAUGCACCGGGGCCAUGAGUCCAUGCACAUGGAGAUGAACUUGAUCUUCCUCUGUGCCCUGGUCAUUGCCCAGAUAGUGCUGGUGCAGUGGAGACAGAAGCAGGGUCAUUCCUACAACCUGGUGACCCUGUUCCAGAUGUGGGUUGUCCCUUAGUAUUUCACAAUAAAACGUUACUGACGUUAAAAUAAAAAACUUUACUGGUGGUGAUUUCUGUCUAUGUGGGGAAUGUUCUCAGUUAUUACCAGCUACAUCCUCUUCAGCGCUACCCAAAAACCCCUCCCAGGGAGAACACCACAAUUGGUCUACAAAUGGUUUCUUCUCAUCUGCAAAUUCAGCUGUGCAUUUGGUGCUGUGGGUUAUUUGGCUAUCAUGUUUACAAUGUGUGGAUUCAAUUUAUUUUUCAAAAUCAAGGCUAGAGAUUCCAUGGAUUUGGGCAUCGUACCCUUGUUCUAUGGUCUCUGCUAUGGAGUAAUGGGGAGAGACUUUGCAGAGGUCUGCUCAGAUUACCUGGCUUCUACUAUAGGGAAAUUCUACAGAGCCAGUGGGAGGCCCACCAGGAACUUGUCAGACAACAUCUGUGCCGUCUGCGGGCAGCAGAUCGUCGUGGUGCUCAGUGAAGAAGGACUCAUUGAAGACACCUACCAGGCUUCCCUAACAAGAUCCCUAAGAUUUCAUGAAUUCUGCAUCCGAGGUUGGUGUAUUGUUGGUAAAAAGCAGACAUGCCCUUACUGCAAAGAGAAGGUCGAUUUGAAGAGGAUAAUCAAUAACCUCUGGAAGCUCCUCCACACACAAUUUUUACAUGGACGAAUCCUGGACUGGCUUCGUUAUCUGGUGGCCUGGCAACCCGUGGUGAUAGGAAUCGUCCAAGGCAUUAAUUAUUCACUAGGGCUGGAAUAGCAUGGCACACCUACCCCAGAAGCAAUGUAUUCCAUGUUGAAAUAUUUUCUAAUCCUUAAUCCUACAUUUAAUAUUGAUAUUCUUUUCUAAUUUUAGAGAUGACCCCAAGAAUUUAGAGAACUGAAUAACAACUGGCACUUUGUGUGGAAAGAAUUUAAAGAGAAGCUGAGCAAUGGAAUAAACAAAUAAAGCAUGAUUUGCAUCCUUCCGAUUACAAUCAUUUUCUAAUCAUCACAUCUGACACAUUUGGUACAACCCACUGUGGACAUCCCACCUCUACUUUGGCUUACAGUGAUCUCAUCUGAGGCGUGUUUCAGAGGUUUGCGAAGUACUCCUCACGUACAACAUUGAGUUACAACAAAUACCUUCUUAUCAGUUCAACAUCUUCAAAGAAGUAGGCAGUGUUGUUAAAUCUAUGGUUUAAGGACAGAGUCUUUUCUGUUCUUUGUGCUUGUUACCACGUGGCAGCUUUGGCACCACAGAGCCCUUCUAUGUAGAGAUCACUCCCGAAGCCUCUAGCACCAGUGUAUUGCAGCCCACUCAAUGGGCCAGAGCUAUGCUGGGUUUCCUGGGGCUGCCCCAUGCACUCAGCCCACCCAAGGGCUGCACUAAAGGGAAGAG